AUGACUGAUGACCUUGAGGGUUGCAGAGGCGGAGGAUGGACGCUGGUCAUGAAAAUCGACGGCACAAAGGUAUCUCGUCUCUCGUCAUUCUUACUCGUAAGCCAGAUGUUCGCUUUAGAGAAAACAUUUGGGACGUGAAUUGUCCAUGAAAAAAGUUAUCAAACGUUUUUGCAACAAAAGGUUAAACCAUUUCUUGAUCUAAUUAUCAUGCACACCACGCGCUCGAAUCGAUAUUUACAAUACAAUUGCCGUAGCUAUCUGCCAUUUGUACCCCCUAAACAUGAACUACCUUAAAGAGAUCGUCAUUACUUUUCAGGCUAGACAUCUUGAACCUCGAGUGAAAUAGAUAAAUUACGUUCCUCACUCCUACCGUGAAACGUUUUGAUCGAUUCCACUCGUUUUAGUACUUAUUUGCCUCUGGAUUCUACCAUCAAUCAAUUUUAUUUCAAAUUUUCCAUCUUUUAGCCAACCUUCCAUUAUGAUUCCCAACGUUGGAGUAACAUGGAUGACUUUAAUCCUCAAGGAGGGGAGAAUGGGUUUGAUUCACAAGAGACCAAGCUACCGACCUACUGGAACACGUCCUUCUCCAAGAUCUGCCUAGGAAUGAAGCUCGGUAAUCUGCUCAGUUUCAUUACCAUUCGAAAGCAAGCCAGCUCUUUGUACUCUGUGAUUGCGGACGGGCAAUAUCGUGACACGUCACUGGGUCGUGACACGUGGAAGUCGCUGAUUGGCUCUGAGGCCUCCCUACAAGUAAAAUGUUACAAGGAGGGGUUUAAUGCUUUGGCUAAAGAAGAGUAUUCCAAAGCAAGAAUUGGUAUCAUUGCAAACGAUAGAUAUGAUUGCAACACCUGUAAUUCCAGAAUUGGCUUUGGCACAGGUGGGAUUGAUGACGACUCAAACACUUGUGGGAACGAGGCAAAGCACGAAGGAGAUAAUGGAGACAAACACAUCAAAACCAUUGGGUACAUCUUGGUUCAGUGA